AUGAAUGAAAUUGCUUUUCAUGAGGAUCGAGUAGUGCGAAGUCGUCUUCAGCAAAACGCUUCAACUCACGUUGCCCUGCGAUUCCUUCAAGACCUGGCGUAUGAUCUUCACCCAGUUAAUUUGCUUGCUUUAGCCAUUGAUGCCAGUAAGAAUAUCAGCUCAGGAAUCCGACGUAUAUUUGAUGUAGAAAGCCAAGUCGGGGCUUUUGUAAUGACCCAUAUAGAAAACCCACCAAGUUUUAGUGCAAAUCAAAUUUUUACCAAAUGUCCAUAUUUUCCCGAAGAAUUCUCUUUCUUCUUUACCUUCAAAUAUGAACCCGAUGGCAACAUAAGAAUUGGUAGUAACGGUGGUGGCAGUGCUAGUUGGGACAUUCAUGAUAAAGACGACAAACGAGUUCAAUGUAUCUUUUCUCUAAGAAACAACAAAACUGGUGCUAAUUUAAUCUCUUUGGAAAUUGCUAAUCAUUUUGUAAUGUUCACCUAUAACCGGACAAGAAAGAAAUUUUUUGAUGUUAAAUUGAUGCGUUCUCAAUGGCAUAGUGCCGGAGUAAGUGUGAGCCAAAACAAUACACAUUUGGUACUUGAUUGCAUCGACCAACAGAAACGACGCAUCAAAAGAACUUUCCCAGCUUUGAUGAAAAUUACGGAUGCUGUAUUCCAUCUGGGCGAAUGUUCAAAGAAAACUACACCUUUUCAGGGUCUUCUGAAAGAACUCCUAUUUUUGCCUGGAACAGAUGCCAGUAGUUUAGCUUGUCCACAGAAUCGAAUAACCGCUGGCAGUGACAAUACAUUGGUUUCUUCAGGGAUAUGGAAUAAACCUCAAAGGUUGGAAGACGGAAGCUGUACAUGGAAAGAUAUGGGUAACGUGGCGUAUGACUUACAGAAAAACCUUCUUAAGGUCUGUGUUAAUGGAAUAUGGAAGGAUACACCUAAGACUCGCAAUUGUCGGUUGGAUUACUUCGAAUGGUACCAAGACAUAAAGGUCGACGGUGGAGCUGUUGAUGUUGAGGUGUUUACAAUUCCUGGGGAAGGACUGUUUGCUGCUUUUGCUAGUAAUUCACAGAACAACCACAAACAGAACAAGCAUAAUAGAAGCCAGAAACCCAAAUUAGUUGCAGAUCAUAGUGGCUCUUCGGCGGUGUAUAAAUGGUCAAACGAUAAGCUGAUACUCUACCAGAAACUACCGACAGAUGCUGCGCAUUCUUUCAAGAGCUUUAAGAUGGACAAUCAGAUGAUCCAGUUUCAAUCUAUAAUUAUUGAUACAUUUGAUUACAACAUAGACAUUUGUACAAUAACUGCAAGAAAUUAUUGUGCAAAAGGAAACAGUCUACACACGACAUCUGUCAUUUACCGCUGGAACCGGAAACUGAGAAAAUUCGAGAAAUAUCAGCUCUUGAAAACAAUAGGCGCUCGUGACAUAACAGCUUUCAGUGUCCAAGAUUAUCAGUUCUUGAUUAUAUCUCAUGCUUUUGAUGGGCGCAGUACCUUGUUGCAUUCAGUAGUAUACAUUUGGCACAAUGACAAGUUUGUCAAAUUCAACAGUAUGGAGACAAUGGGUGCUGUGGACUGGGAGUAUUUCACUAUCAACGAUGAUCAUUAUUUGGUUGUGGCAAACAGUUACAAUUUUGGGCCGCAAAACUUCAAAAAAAUCAACACUUACAAUACAAAAUCAACAGUGUACAAAUUGAAUAUUCAAAAGAAAGCCUUUGAGAAAUUCCAGAGUAUCCCAACCUAUAGGUAAGUCUAUUUGUAGUUUCACACUGUGAAGUAA